AUGUGCUGCAACUUUAGGAUCUCCUACCGUAUUCUGCUUGAUCAAUCGGUGAUAGUAUCGAUCCUCUUUGGAAUCCACAUGUUCUGCUUUGCACUUUCGUUAAUAUUUCUCGUGUUCUGCUUUCUGAAGCGGAAAUUUGGCACGUUUUACGAAGGUCUAUUGCACGCCUAUCUGUUGAGCAUCUUGUUGAUGGCUCUGACGUCGCUGUUUGCGGUUAUGUUCUUACCAUUGGCAUUUUUACAACAAUCCCAUUCACUCGGUGAAGGUAGGACAUUUCCUUCGCUCUCUCUGCCUGCAAGAUGUUUUAUCGAUUUAUUGAUUUUUUUCUCUCGGUGGUACUGCACCGUCAAAGUGUAUAGACGUUGCAUGGUAGUCAAGUGA